GAGAUAGUAACCCGAUAUGGCUGUAAAUUGGCAGCUCUCAUAGGACAUCCGCAUCUGAUGUUCGAAAUGUACGGUAACGGCUCUCAUGCAACGAACUGACUCUGUGGAAGCAUAUGGGGAUUCGUUGGCCAUGCAGCAGCAGGCUGAUCCGAGCUGCUGGUCGGCAUUAUGCUCGACAUGCUGGCCAUGUUGGCUGUCCUUCUUCUGGACUUCUGCAACAUUCGCCUUAAGAGCCCCAUUGGCCCAGUUGCAUUCCAUACACAGCCCUGCGGUGUUCGGCUGUGGGUUUGCGCACCGUUGGAUCGCACAAAACGGGGACCUGCCUGGCGCAGAUUUUCAUCGGAGCAGAGACAGCAGGUUGUCAUCCCAGGCUCAGCUGCUCUUCUGCCUCCGAUGGUGGUCGACGAGGGCGGGAACCUGCUCGUUCUGCUCUGUUCUCCCUGUGGCCUCCCCUCUCCCUCCCCCUUUCGCCGGCGUGGAGACAUCAAUCACUCUGGCUGCCCCUGUCGUCCGCAUAGCGGGACAGUCCGGUGAUCGAGCACGCGCGGGACGCAGCAGUGAGGUUGUUCCGUGGUGCCCCCAGAUGUCGUUGUGUCGCAUCCAAUGGUCGUCAUGGGGGAUUUGUCGGACCGGGGUCCAGAAAUUUUGGAGGGGCUGAUUUUCGAAAAAUUGCCAACGCAACAUACAUCUCUGCCAUUACCCAUCCAGCAGCGAGCGUCGCCCCCUCCACGCAGCAGCA